AUGCCGGCAAGACGCUCUUUACCCGUGGGCAUAUACGCCCCAACCAUGACCUUCUUCGACCCUGAAACCGAAGAUGUCGACAUCCCGACCAUUAAGAAGCACGCCCAGCGCCUUAUCCGCGAUGGCCUGGUUGGCCUCGUCACCAUGGGCUCAAACGGUGAAGCCGUCCACUGCACCAGAGAAGAGAAGCUAGCCGUCACAAAGGCCACCCGCGAGGCCCUCGACGAGGCUGGCUUCACCUCGACGCCCAUCAUUCUGGGUGCCACCGAAGGCAGCGUUAGAGGGACAGUCGAAUUGAGCAAGCUGGCUGCGGAAGCCGGUGCCGACUACACCCUCUUGCUGCCCCCGUCUUAUUACCGCGCCCAGAUUGAUGAGGAGUCCAUCGUCGACUUUUUCACUGCCGUGGCUGACGCCAGUCCUCUCCCCGUCAUCAUCUACAACUACCCCGGCGCCGUGUCCGGAAUUGACCUGGACAGCGACGUCCUCAUAAAGCUGGGGCAGCAUCCCAAUAUUGUCGGCACAAAGUUCACUUGCGGCAACACCGGAAAGUUGACCCGUGUGGCCCUCGGCACCAACGCCAGGACCCCCUUCCAGGAGGGCUCAGGAUACAUGGCCUUUGGCGGCAUGUGCGACUUCACCCUUCAGACUCUGGCUAGCGGCGGUAGCGGCAUCAUUGCCGGUGGCGCCAAUGUCAUGCCCAAGGUCUGCGCUCGUGUGUGGAACUUGUAUGCGGAGGGGAAGAAGGACGAAGCCCAGGCCCUGCAGAAGAUUCUGAGCCGUGGUGAUUGGCCUCUGACUAAGGCUGCUAUUGCCGGGACGAAGCAGGCGAUUCAGAUGCAUUUCGGCUAUGGAGGGUACCCGCGGCGGCCGUUGAAGCGAUUGGACGAGGCCAGACUAAAGGCCAUUGAGGAGGGUAUUCGGGAGGUGAUGGAGAUUGAAAAGACGUUGUAA